CUAUAGUCCCAGACGCCUUUACCAUCUCCACCCGCUCAUUCUCACAAACCAUGGCGUCUGGCAGUGCAAUGAGCAAGGUCUCCUGCGGGAGAGAUUUGGAUUGUAUACCUGAAGUAACGGAUACCGUAGCUGCUGUGGCAAAACUUGGAUUUGACUUCCUCUGCAUGCCCCUCUUCCAUCCAAGGUUCAAAAGGGAAUAUGAACUGGAACCUGCCAAGUCCCGAGCAGGGGCUCAAACCCGCUCGGACCUGCUGCUAUGUGCAAGAGACUGGAACACACUAAUAGUAGGAAAGUUAUCUCCAUGGAUAGAGGUAGACUCCGAACUGGCAACUGUGCGCAGGAACUCUGAAGCAGCUAUGGUUCAGGAGCUGAAUUUCUGUGCUUAUCUGGGCCUGCCAGCCUUCAUGAUCCCUAUGAGAACUCCUCACUGUGCCAACCUGGCGCGUGUGCUGCUCAACCACCUCCACACAGGACACCACUCCUCCAUGUUUUGGAUACGAGUGCCCCUGAUGGAUACGGAGGAUGUCCGUGAUGACCUCAUCGAGAAUGAGCCAUCCAAAAACUUGGAUGAUGGCAGCAAUGACGAGAAAACCUGGGGCUGGUGGCAUUCCUUCAGAACACUCUGUGACUACAACAAGCGGAUCUGCUUAGCUAUUGAGAUUGGCGCUGACGUGCCCUCUGACACAGUUGUUGACAAGUGGCUUGGGGAACCAAUCAAAGCAGCCAUUCUACCAACUAGCAUCUUCCUGACCAACAAAAAAGGGUUUCCUGUCCUCUCAAAGGCUCACCAGCGAAUAAUCUGCCGACUAUUCAGGCUGGAGGCUCAGUUCAUCUUCAAUGGGACAAGUCGGCACAGCGAGAAAGACUUCCGCUCAUAUUUGCAGUACCUGGAGUACCUCAACCAGAACCGCCCAGGGCCCAACUCUUACGACAUGUAUGCCAAGGGCUAUGAAGAUUACCUGCAGUCCCCACUACAGCCUCUAAUGGACAACUUGGAGGCACAGACGUACGAGGUGUUUGAGAAAGAUCCCAUUAAAUACUCACAAUACCAACAGGCAGUGUAUAAGUGCUUGUUAGACAGAGUACCAGAAGAGCAGAAGGAUACUAAUGUCCAGGUGCUGAUGGUGCUUGGGGCGGGCCGUGGACCUCUAGUAAACGCGUCAUUACGCGCGGCCAAGCAGGCUGACCGGAAGCUACGAGUGUAUGCUGUGGAGAAAAACCCCAAUGCUGUUGUCACGCUGGAGAACUGGCGCUUCGAAGAGUGGGGCGACCAGGUGACCGUUGUGUCAUGUGACAUGCGGGAGUGGGCGGCUCCAGAGAAAGCGGACAUCAUCGUCAGCGAGCUGCUCGGAUCCUUCGGGGACAACGAACUGUCCCCCGAGUGCCUUGAUGGAGCACAGCACUUUCUGAAAGAUGAUGGGGUGAGUAUCCCAAGCUCGUACACCUCCUUCCUGGCUCCUCUGUCCUCAUCCAAGUUGUAUAAUGAAGUGAGGGGCUCACGGGAGCGGGACAAGGACCCAGAAUGCCACUUUGAGACGCCCUACGUUGUCAGGCUGCACAACUUCCACCAGCUGGCUGACCCCCAGCCGUGCUUUACGUUCACUCACCCGACUACAGACAUGAACAAUAAUAGGUACCAGUGCCUACGCUUCGCAGUGGGAUGUAACUCGGUGCUCCAUGGGUUCGCUGGCUAUUUUGAGACCACGUUAUAUAAAGACGUCAUGCUGAGUAUACGACCAGAGACCCAUUCCCCAGGAAUGUUCUCCUGGUUCCCCAUUCUGUUCCCACUCAAACAGCCAAUUACUGUGGCGGGUGGCGAUCACGUGUGCGUGAGAUUCUGGAGAUGCAAUAACGGGAAGAAGGUAUGGUACGAGUGGGCAGUCACCGAGCCAACAUGUUCUGCCAUCCACAACCCCGCUGGACGCUCCUAUACAAUAGGCCUGUGAAGACGGAGGAUGCACAUGUACACAUAUCAGACCAACACAUACACACACACAAAAACACACACGCACACGUAAACAUGUUGUAAAUUAGUUCUGUGUGAAAAUGAGUCUCCCCUCCUGCUGUUCAGGCCCUGCCUUCAGAGCAAUGGUGGGCAUUAUGAGUUGUCAGCUACCACUGAGAAUUCCUGUAAAUCCAAGGAUUGUUUCUGUUUAUUUGUUUGUUUUUAUUCAAAUGAAGGUCAUUAUGAAAACUGGAUUUAGUUUGAAGUCAGCACCAGAGAACAAAAAGUAGUAGAGAAGCAGUGGAGUGGCUUGACUUUUUUUCUUCCUUCCUUCUGCUGUUUUGGUUUAUUUUUAAAGUACAACCAAAUCUGUAAGUUAGCCAUUAAUGGCACACCGUAAAACUUCGAAUGUCAUUAAGUGUCACAAGAGCCAUAUUUUCUAAGGCGAUUUCUGUUUGUGUUGUGUUCUGUAUGAGUCAGCCACAUCCUUGGUGCUACAGGUUAGAGGGAGAUCUCAGAAACACCAGAAAAGCCAGCUGAACCGACAGCCUUACCAGGCAUGCAUUCCACACUGAGAUGCCAUGCAAGUAUGUCAGUGCCACACUGCAGACACACAUCAACUCCCACAGAGAUUGAGCUUCCUGUGUCAGAAGAGGUCAGUUGAAGACAGGAGAAUCAGAAUACGACUGUCUUUCUCAGUUUCCCUUUUCUUCCCUUUUGUAUUUUGUGUUUACCACAAAACCACAGUUUCAACUAAGACAAGGAAAAAUAUAUAAUAAAAUAACCCACGUUGAAAUUGGA